CUGAAAAAGUGUACCAUGAGAGAAUUACUUCCCUUUAUGCGGUCUAGCCAUGAGGGAUUCUAGAUCAUAAUAAUCCUCCACCACACUUUAGCCAAUAAUGCCUUUUUUAUAAGGGUGAUAUAGAUUUUUUUUUCUUUUUUUGUGAUUAAGGUACAACUUAAGGGAUUCGAACCUGAGACCUCCAAGUUCUAGACUAGUGGUAUUACCACUAGGCCAAGCCCUUGUUCGUGUCUAAUUAAACUGUUCGAAUUCUGGAAACCUACUCCGCCCUCAUGCUUACUCCGACAAAGCGAGCGCCAUGAUACCCAAUGAAAUCUAUUCUAACCAUCCUGCACACCCCACCAAAAUCUAGCCACGUGCAUAUCCAAUUGCCGAUAGAGAGUAACUGGUAUUUUGACCCACGACGUCACAUAAACCGACAAGGUUGUUGCGACUGCUUUUAGCAGAGUUUCCUUACCCACCCAGGACAAAUAGCAUUGCUUCCACCCUUGUAGCUUACUUCACAUUUUCUCCUCCAAGAAGCAAAAAGUUCCAGCCUUGGAGCGGGAUAUCAGCAUAGGCAAGCCCAAGUACGUGUCUUGCACACCCACCGCUCCAACACCCAAAAAUUGUGCAUCGUACACUUCGUCGUUGGUAUGAUUUUGCUUAAGAACACUGCCAAUUUGUUCAAAUUUACUCUUUUACCACUCAACUCUUCAUAUGUUUGAGGUAGGGGUGGCAGUCGGUCGGUUAUCGGUUAAACCGAGCCGUCUCCCAAAGCUGUCGACCGCCGACCGUGAGAAGACGACGGUUAAUCGGCCACCGAUCGACCGAUUUUUCGGAUUUGGUUCGGUUAGCCGUGGUAACCGGAAUGGCAGACAAGAUGGUCUGUUGCAGGCGAGCCGGCGAGUUAAACGAGGUGAUGGUGCAACAGAGGGGCGUGGUCGGGGCGAGGGCGCCAGCAGCAAGCGAAGGCGUCGCCGAUGUCGCGGUUGAUCGGCGGAGGGUUGCUAGAGCCGGCAGGGGAGGGCAACGACGGUGGUUGCUGGAUUUGGGAGGUCGGCGUGGGUCGGCAAGGGAGAGUUGUCGCCUCUCGCUAACUCUCAUCAAUGGCUCGCCAAAGAAAUCCUAAUUCCCCAAAUCUAGAAGCCGGGAAAGCGCCACCGCCAUCCCUUCCUUUCGGUGAACCAACGACUUGACUUUCUCUUUAGAUCGAGAAGACUUCUUUCGAGUUCAUGGAGCUUCGCGGAGAGCCGGGUUCGCUGGGAGUGGGUCGCCAUGGAGGAGACGGCGAGGCGAUGGUGGACGGCGGACGACACUGGUGGUGAGGGGUGAGAAGAAGAGUUAGGAGGGUGAAGGGCGGCGGGAGUGGAGGGUGAGUGGUGAGGGUGCAAGGUCGGCAAAGAGGUAGGGUUUGGGAUUUCUUUUAUUUUUACUUUUCUAUCAUUGAAACGAUGUUGUAUGGAUAUCGGUCGGUUAGUUCGGCUAAUCGGCUAACUUAGUUUUGGUUACUCGGUCAAACGAGACUAUCCUCACCACCACCGGCCGCAUCAAUUAACCGUCGGUUUUCAAUUAGCUAUUAAUUGGCGAUUAUCGGUUAAAACGGCCGGCUAACCGAGAGCUCUUUGGGAUUGGAUGGAGUUUGUUGGUUCCUUUGGGAUGGAAUUGGUAGUUUCCCUCUGAUUUUCUGCGAUUGGUUGCGUGGAGGUUCUCUCCUUGCUCUUGCUCGCGUUGGAUCUCAGGGGAUCUGGCUACAUCCAGUGACCUUUUCAGUUUCGAGAAGCUGUGCAGAGGGGUCUUGGUGACAUUAUUGCUCUGUCUGAUACAGACUACAGAGAAGCUUAGAAAGUUUUCAUUUCUCCCAGGCCGUCAGAGAGUUUGCAUUGGCUGGAGUUAUUGGUCUACUACCCGAGGUGACUAAUUUGCCCUUUUAGUUUUUGGAAUAAAUGCUGGAUUUUUCUCUACCACACAUCGGGAUCGAAAUCAUUUUCAAUCAUCCCAUUGCGCUUGAUAAAAAAAAAAUCAGGUUGCAGCCUCAGAGAGUGACAGUGAGGUUGGGAGAGAAGGUGAGAGUCAAGAGACGAGUUAAAAUCACAUUUUGUUUAGGUGGAAUAUGUCUCUUUGCAUUCCACCCCAAAAUUUGUUUUCCAAUUCUCUCUCAUAUGUCUCUCCAAUCUCAACGUGUAUCGCAUCCUCUCUCAACUUGCUUCUAAUCUUCCACUCUCAAGGCAGAUCGACUCUUUUAUCUUGCUGAUUUUUCUGUGUUUGAUUGUUGGGUUUGAUAUUGAUUGGGAAACAGAGUGAUCCGGAUAGCACUUUCGGAGUCAGCGCUUCCGGCUGUAAAUUCCUGCACCUUUGGUGGGUCAUUCUUCACUCCUGGAUGAGGACCAAGGGAGUGCGAGUUAUAGAGCCCGCGAUUUGUUGAUCUAUAGGUUCCCUCAAGCCUUUAUGUUACUGGUCAUGUUCUCUCUCUCUCUCUCUCUCUCUCUCUCUCUCUAUCGGUUUUAUUUUCUGAUCGUUCAUAUAUCGGUUCAGUUUCUCUUUUUCUUCCUCAUGAGUGCCUCUUUGAUAUUUUUGACAAAGUAUGACGACUGGUUUGUUUUAGGUUUAUUUUGCCCGUCUGCUAUAAUGAGACCCUAAAUUAUGCCUAUUGUUUGUUUUUUGUAGUUGUAUUCUGUAAGCCGAGGAAUGAGUUGGUCUUGGUGGGUGCUUGGAUUUGUUUUGUACCAUGCCUUUGAAUGUAAUAAUGUAUUUUUUAGUUGGCAAAAUACAUAUGUGUAGCCAAAACUUUAACGGUUUUGCCAAAUGUAGCCACUUUUGGCGAAAUACCAAAAAUAGCCAGAAUUUUGAAAGUUUGAUGACAAUAAUAGCCAAUUCCGUUA